AUGGCAUAUAGCAUUAGAGCCAGACGUCAUCAGCUACAGCGCUGGGAUCAGCGCUUGCGAGAAAAGUGGGCAAUGGUUUCAGGCGCUGUCGCUGCUAAGCGAGAUGUGGCAGACAAAGUUGGAGCCCAACGUCAUCGCUACAACGCUGGAAUCAGCGCGUGCAAGAAAGGCGGACAGUGGCAAAAAGCUUUGUCUUUGCUCGGCGAGAUGUGGGACGCGAGGUGCGAGCUGGACGUUGUGAGCUACAGCGCUGGGAUCAGCGCCUGCGCCAGGGGUGAGCAAUGGCAACUCGCACUGUCGCUGCUCAGUGGGAUGUCAGAAGUGGAGGUGGAGCGCAACGUUGUCAGCUACAACGCUGGAAUCAAUGCGUGUCAGGAAAACGGGGAAUGGCAGCAAGCUCUGUCGCUACUCGCCGGUAUGUGGGAAGCUAAGUUGGAGCCCACCGUCAUCAGUUGCAGCGCUGGGAUCAGCGCUUGCGAGAAGGGUGGACACUGGCAGCAGGCCCUGUCGCUGCUCAGCAAAAUGUGUCAGGCGGCAUUGGAGCCCAACGUGAUCACUUACAGCAGUGGGAUCAGAGUGUGCGUGAAAGGCGGACAAUGGCAGCAGGCGCUGUCCCUGCUUGGCGAGAUUUGUGGCGCGAAGUUGGAGCCAGACGUCAUCGGUUACAACGUUGCGAUCAGCGCGUGCGAGAUAGGCGGCCAGUGGCAGCAGGCACUGUCGCUGCUCAGCGAGAUUCGAGAGGCGAAGUUGGAGCCAGACGUCAUCAGUUACAACGCUGGCAUUAGCACGUGCGAGAAAGCCGAUCAGUGGUCUCAGGCUCUAUGGUUGCUUCGCGAGGUGUCAAACGCGAAGUUGGAGGCCAUCUCGGUCAGCUACAACGCUGGGGUCAGCGCGUGCGAGAAAGGCGGGCAGUGGCAACGGGCUUUGUCGCUGCUUAGAGAGAUAUGGGACGCGACGUGGGAGCCUGACGUCGUGAGCUACAACGCUGCGAUAAGCGCGUGUGGGAGAGGCGAACAGUGGCAGCGGGCUCUGUCGCUGCGCAGCGAGAUGUGGCAGGCGACGUUGCAGCCAGACGCUAUCAGCUACAAUGCCGAGAUCAGCGCGUGUGGAAAAGUUGGGCAGUGGGUGCAGGCUCUGUCGCUCCUCAGCGAGAUGCGAGGGGCAAAGUUGGAGCCAGACGUCAUCAGCUACAGCGCUGGGAUCAGCGCGUGUGGCGGAGGCGGGGAGUGGCAUCGCGCACUGCUCUUACACAGAGAACUGAGGCAAGCAGAUCUGGAGCCGAAUGCCAUCGGCUACAACGCUGUAGUCACGGCGUGCCAGCGAGGUCAAGAGUGGCAGCAUGUGUUGGCUCUGCUGUUUGAAGCGUGGGCUGCCGGUGUGAAGCUGGACGUGGCCAGCCACCGGGCCGGCAUUGACGCGUGGGAGAAAGGUGGGCACUGGCAGCAAGCUCUGUCGCUGCUCGGGUGGUCGCUGCAGCUGCGGCUGGAGCCCGGGGCCGGCGUGUACAGCGAUGCGGCGGGCGUGUGCGAGAGGAGCGGGCACGUGCCCCGCCUGGCAGCGGGCGGCGCCCUCGCGCGGGGGAGGUAG